GCGGCCAAGCAUGUCCAAGACCACAGAGCCCAAGCCAAUGUCCAGCAGGCAGAGAUGCCCCCAGGCCAAAGGUUUGGAGAGCGUGGCCCCUCUGGUGAGCACUGUGGAGGAAAGCCCUGACCCCAUCGCCACCACCAUCAAGGGAACGAUCCCAACAUGGAUCAAUGGGAGCUUCUUGAGGAACGGUCCAGGAAAGUUUGAAUUUGGCCAAGACAAAUACACCCACUGGUUCGACGGCAUGGCCAUGAUGCACAGAUUUCACAUCAGCGACGGCAAAGUGACGUACACUAGCCGCUUCCUGCGAAGCGACUCGUACGUGCAGAACUCAGCCAAGAAUCGUAUCGUGGUAUCAGAGUUCGGAACGCUGGCCAUGCCCGAUCCUUGCAAGAAUAUCUUCGCUCGCUUCUUCUCACGUUUUCAGAUCCCAAAGGCCACAGACAACGCAAGCGUGCAUUUUGUCAAGUACAAGGGAGACUUUUACGUGAGCACAGAAACAAAUUACAUGAGAAGAAUUGACCCUCAAACCCUGGACACGAAAGAAAAGGUGGACUGGAGUCAGUACAUUGCGAUCAAUGCAGCAACAGCUCACCCACAUUAUGACCGCCAAGGUGCCACAUACAACAUGGGCAACUCUUAUGGAAAAGGAGGUUUCUUCUACAACAUCAUCCGCGUGCCCCCACCCGAGGAGACGGGGGCGAGCGAGGACUGCGCAGACCUCUACGGAGCCAAAGUGAUAUGCUCCAUCCGAGCCAGUGAACCCAGAAAACCCUCCUACUAUCACAGCUUCGUAAUGUCAGAAAACUACAUAGUGUUUGUGGAGCAGCCCAUCAAGCUGGAUCUUCUCAAAUUCAUGCUGUACCGCAUUCAGGGAAAAAGUUUUCACAAAGUCAUGACCUGGGAGCCCCAGUACGAUACAAUCUUCCACCUGGUCGACCGGCACACUGGCAAAGAGAGUGAAGUGAAGUACCGCGCGGCUCCCAUGUUCACGCUGCAUCAGAUCAACGCCUUUGAGGACAACGGCCUGCUGGUUAUGGACAUGUGCUGCGGUGAUGACGGCGAGGUUAUCGGAGACUUUACCCUGGAGAACCUCCGUCGAGGCCCUGGAGAGGAGAUGGACAAGUUCUACAAUACCCUUUGCAGAAACCUGCCAAGAAGAUAUGUCCUCCCAUUGAACGUGGAUAAGCAAACUCCUCUGAACCAGAACUUUGUGACCUUGCCCAACUAUACAGCCACAGCCAAGAUGACCAAGCCUGGAGAGGUUCACCUGACCCACGAGGAACUUCAUGAUGACGAACUGCUGCAGUACGGUGGCCUGGAGUUUCCUCAGAUCAAUUACGAGCACUACAAUGGACGACCUUACCGCUACUUCUACUCAUGUGGUUUUGGCCACGUCUUCAGCGACUCUCUGCUCAAAAUGGACGUGCACACCAAAGAGCUCAAGGUGUGGCGGUACGCUGGUUUGUUCCCGUCUGAGCCUGUCUUUGUUGCUUCGCCUGAGGCAACCGAGGAAGAUGAUGGAGUUGUGCUGUCAGUCAUUAUAACACCACGAGAAGACAAAAGUACUUUCCUUCUCGUUCUGGAUGCGAAGACCUUCACUGAACUGGGCAGAGCAGAAGUCCCUGUCAAUAUCCCAUACGGAACCCACGGUAUCUUUAACCACCUGGCCUAGAAGUUCCACUUUUAGGGACCUGUCAACCUGCCCAAAGAAACACUAGCCUAUAACAUUGAUGAACUGUCCAACUGAAAAAGAGAGGAAAUAUGUGGUGGAAUGCUGUUGAUGGCUUCCCAUGAUUGGAUUAGGGCUCGUGGAAAAGUGUCACAAUGAUUGGGAAGCAAACACGUCUUAAAAGUGCAUUUAACUAAAGCCCAAAUGGAAGGAUUUGAAGGACAAUCCUUUUGAAAAUCACAUGAACAAAUGCCAGCAGAAGACAAUAAAAAAUCUCUUUUUUGUUUAAAUCUGAAGUGUUUUCACAUCAGCGCGCCACUUGAAACGUGACACUCCCAGCGCCGGCGGAGCAUGCACUUAGGAGACAUCAAAAUGCAUCAGAGCAAAUUCAAUUUCUGUCAAAGUAAUGUGAUAGAAAUGGACAUGGUGGAGAAAUGGCUGGAAAACAAAUGGAUCCGAGUGGUCGAUAGCCUCCUGAGAGUCUGCCAGAGGUCGCGUCACAAAUUUGCUGUUGUUGAAAUGAGCAAAACAACGUUGACAUUCACUUAAACGCCGACGUGUUAGAGCAGAUGAGGGAACCGGAGCACUUUGAUGUCGACAUAACAACAAAAACAACCAUAAUAGGGAAUGUCCAAGGCUGCUCGAAGCAUGGGCUGAAUAUGAAGUAGCUUGUCAAGUCCUCCAUUGACGCCAUCGGUUUCAGUGGAUAACCUGAACACAGGUGUCAAAGUGUGUCUUUAAAAGUUACAUCAUUAGUAAUUAGAAGUGCAUUUAACAUGCUGGCUGCCAUUGACGGCGUAAGACGUCCAAUUCAUUACGACUGAGAGGGGUGAAUGAAUAAAUGUUCAUUCACUGGCAGUCAAAGGAAACUCAAGACCUCACAGGGCACUCAUAGA